AUAUUUCUGAAGGGCGUUGACAGUUUCUCUUGGAUGACACAUUUGAGAUUUCCAUUGAAUAAAAAUAAAAAUUUGAUCAGCAGCAUUGAAUCAGCUGGAUCAGCAGAAGUGUGUCCACUCAGAGUAGAGGUAUACAGCAGAAAAAGAAGCAUUUGUGUUGUCAACGCGUGUGGCGCUUCAGAUUGCAACAAAUUCGGGGGUUCCGUUUUGGAACCGUUGAGGGUCAAGGCUGACAAAAUGACGCCAAACACUUCUGCACAAAUGGACAGCGUGGAUAACAAAACCAGAAUGGAAGGCGGUCGUAACAUUCCACCGGCACUGAAGAAGCUGCUGGAAUGGGACGUGGUGACGACCAAACGAUUCGUCAGCUUCAUGAUGAACUUUAUCGCGCUGAGAUCGUUACGUACACAUUGCAAAGUCUUGGAGUAUUCUUGCCAUGGAAUAGCUUGGCUGGCAGGGUGGCUUGCUUUUUGCUGGAUGAUAGACAAACCGGAAUGGUACCAAAUGCAGGUUAAUUUGUUCAUAGGCCUUCUGACGGACAUCGUCAUGGUGGCGGUCAUCAAAGCAGCCACUCGUCGUCGCCGUCCGGCCGUUAAUGAUGAUCCGUUUUGCAUCGGCCCGGACAAGUUCAGCUUUCCAUCGGGGCACGUUUCCAGAGCGGUAUUCAUCGUAACCUUCCUGACCUGGUUGGACCCUGUGACAUUUGUUCUGUGGCCCCCGAUGCUGGCUUGGUGCGUGUCGAUGUGUCUGUCGCGACUGAUUCUUUACAGACAUCACAUCCUGGACGUGAUCGCUGGAAUCUUUGUGGGCCUGUUCAAUGCUUUUCUCAUCUCCAUUAUCUGGCUCGAUCAGGAAAGCUGCGUUUGGGUAAUCUCGUACAUGACGGAUGAAAAACUUUCCGGAGCGGAAUAUGGAGUUUAAAGGAAUCCCAAAGAAUAAUAGGACAAAAGUUUCUAUAUAAAAAAAUCAUCUCGUAGAAAGUUACAAUCAUAAUUUCGGCCAUUAAAUGACUAAACAUUAAAAUGAUUUUUAAAGUUUUAAUACACAUCUA